AUGAUUAAAAAACGCGGUGAAUCUGGGUCAGGCAAAACAGAAGCAUUUAAACGAAUUACACAGUAUCUAGCAUGUACCAGUGAACAAGGAAGAAAUGGUUUGAGUUCUGUAGCAAGACGAGUUUUGGAAAGCACCCCAGUCCUUGAAAGUUUCGGAAAUGCUACUACUCUCAGGAAUGACAAUUCAUCAAGAUUUGGAAAGCUUGUGGAAAUAUUCUUUGCAAAAUCAAUGAUAAUUGGAGCGAAAAUCACUAACUUUUUGCUAGAAAAAUCUAGAAUAGUGGGUCAGCCUGAGAAAGAACGCAACUAUCAUGUUUUCUAUGAACUAUUGAGUUCACUAGACAAUGAAAGCAAGGCCAAACAUCAUCUUAAGAAUGUAGAAGACUAUCAAUAUCUUGUGAAGGGAUCAAGAUGUACGUUUACAAGUCAUUCAGAUCCUGAUGGCUUAUCAAUGCUACUGGAAAGUUGGCGUACACUAGGUCUACCACAAGAUGAAAUGGAUUUAUGUCUUCGAGUAGUAUCUGCUGUAUUACAUCUUGGAAAUAUUAAUUUUAAAAGUGAUCAUGACAAGGAUAAAACGUCAAUUAUAAAUACGAAUGUUGCUGAAAUUGCAGCUUCAGAGCUUGGUGUUGAUGUAAAUGAACUUAUCAAAGUGAUUACUAUGAAAUUAACAGAAACAUCUAUUGAUAGCCUCUGGAGUCCAGUCAAUGCUGCUGGUGCAAUUGUUAAUCGUGAUUCUAUUGCAAAAAGUCUUUAUGUAGAGUUUUUCGAUAGAUUAGUUGAAGCAAUCAACGUGAAAAUUGCACCAUCCGACUAUUUGGAUCCUGAUACAAAAUCAUCAAUACGUGCAAUCGCUUUGUUGGAUAUUUAUGGUUUUGAGAAUCUUCCAAGUAAUUCAUUAGAACAAUUUUGUAUUAAUUAUACAAAUGAAAAUCUACAACAAUUUUUUAAUCACUACAUUUUUGAAUUGGAACAAGAAGAAUAUCGUUCAGAAAAUAUUAGUUGGCAAUAUGUUCAAUUUCCUAAUAAUCAGCCAAUUAUUGAUUUGAUAGCUGGUAAACCGAAUGGAAUAAUGCAUAUAUGUAAUGAUGAAGCCAGUUUAGCAACGGGAACUGAUGAAUCAUUUCUACGACAGUGUCAACAUCAUCAUCAAAAGCAUCCAAAUUUCAAAAUGAAUAAAGUACAUGGAAAUAGUUCAUUCACUAUUGUUCAUUUUGCCGGUGAAAUUGUUUAUGAUGUACACGGAUUUGUUAAUAAAAAUCGUGAAAAAAUUCGUAGUGAAUUAUUAACUUUAUUGACAAAAAGUACAAAUCCAUCAGUUGCAAAAAUGUUUCGUAAUAUACAAUCUCAACGUACCGGGGUAAAUGGUUCAGGUCCAAAGUUAAAAACAUCUAUGGUUUUGACAACAAUGAAUAAUUCACUUCAACAGUUAAUGGAGAAAAUGAGAGCGAAUAAACCAAGUUUUGUACGCUGUAUUAAACCAAAUAUGAAAAAGGAACCAAUGGUAUUCGAUGAUGCUAUUGUUAUGGAUCAACUUCGCUAUGGUGGUGUAUUAGAAACUGUAAGAAUCAGAAAAUCUGGCUUUCCUGUUCGUGUCAGUUAUCAGUAUUUCAUUGAACGAUACUCAUUUCUUCUUAACCAUGAGAAGAGAAUACAACUGAAAAGAAUAACAGAUUCACGGGAAGCAGUCGCUUGGAUAUUAAUGAAUAUAACUAUACCAUUUGGUAAUCAGGCACCAAUUCAAAAAUGUGUUGACUAUGAAUUUGGCAAGACUAAGUUAUUCCUACGGAAUCAAUUAGCUGUGAAUUUAGAAUCUCUUCGUACAAUUAAAGAAUUGUGUGCUGCUCGAACAAUUCAGAGAGCUUGGAGACGCCGGGAUAAUGGUUUAAUUGAAAGAGCACGUCGUAAUGCUGCUAGAGUUAUUCAAGCUUGGUAUAGAGGAUAUUUAACAAGACGUAUUCAUGCUGAUGUUGUAGAGUAUUUAUCAAAUAGAAACAAGGAACAACCUGUCACUGCACCACCAGAAGAAAUACAGAAAAGUGAAAAACCUGUAAAAUCGUUAACUGAAUACGAAAUAAAACGUUUAGAGGUUCCCGGUGAUUUAGCCUACAUUUUAGAACAUCGAAGUAUAAGUCAAGAAUCUUGGCUUGAAAUGCACAAAGUGGUUAAGCCUUCAAGCUGCAUCCGUCGGUUUGCACCAAACUACGUUUCAUCCUCCUGGCAUAGUUAUGGUAGACCAGUUUGGCGUGCUGCGCCUAUUGCGCACCUGCUACAAGCAUCUGGUUCAUCGGCACAACUUGGCUAUCGUGUAGCACCGCGUGAACGUCCAAUAUUUUUAACACGACCAAAUGAAAAACUGACUGCUGCUUGCGUAGCCGCUUCAAAAUUGAUUUUACGACUACUCUUCUUACCAGAUAUGUCAUUAUAUGAACAAUUUCUAGUCGGUAGUUAUUUGUACCAAUUGGCUCUUUGUCAGAAAUCUCUUCAAAAGGAAUAUCUUAUUCAGUUGUUGAGUAUGACAUUAAAUUGGCCUGAUUCAGCUGGAGAUUUAAUUACAUCAGAUGCCGAAGAUGAACCAAGUGAAUUUAAUCCAGAGACUAAAUAUCCAGGAUAUUUCUCAUCAAAACCAAAUAGUCCAGUGAUUGUCAAAUCAUCAGUUUCUCAGGCUGAUAUACAACGUCGUGCUUAUAGACGCCUUUGGAUGCAUAUUGCAGGAAUGCUUACUUGUGGUCAAUUGUCGCAAACGCUUACACCAACCAUAGUCCGUUUUAUUAGAGAACAUGCACCUCCAAGAUCAGCCCAAUUAUGUGAAGACCGUGUUGUACUGGAACCUUCCAUUAUUCGUUUGUAUCCACCUUCUCUGUUAGAGUGGCGUAUCAAUUACACUGGAACUCACAUGGGAAUUAAAUUGACAUUUCCUGAUGGUAUAUUGUCAAUUUUCCAUCUUAAUAGUUUUACACGGGCUGAAACAGUAGCUGGCAUGGCUUUAGCUUACAGAACGUAUUCAACUCAGAUCUAUGAAGGUUGGACAAUUAGUCUGAAUUAUGCAUCGAAGGUAUUAGAUGUGCCUGGUUACUUUUAUGUUUUGGAUAUAUUUAGUCAGCAGGAACUGCCUAAAGAAUGGUCACAUUUGAACAAUAUACUGCUGCAUCAAGUCCUGCCAACUUAUACAAGACCUAAAGAAAGCAAAAAUUCAUUGAAUAAUAAUUAUUACAACAGAAAUGGUGAUUCAAUACCUGUGGAAAAUUCACCACCCAGAGUGAAGAAGCAUACAAAUCAAAAUUAUCGAAAAUUAGCGGAUUCAAUACACGGAAUUAAAACUACA